AUGGUGAAAACGUAUAAGAGAAAAACAAAUAGAGCAGAAUGGUCAGAGGAAGCUAUGAAAAAUGCGGUGGAUGCUGUACUAGAAGGAAAAAUGGGUUACCUGUCGGCAGCAAAGACAUUUUCUGUCCCUCAGACGACUUUAGAAAGAAAAGUCAAAGUAGUUAGAGAGAAGUUGUCAGACGGUACUUCCACUAGCUAUGAAUUGAAAGUUCGUUUAGGCCCUAAAGAUACGGUUUUUUCUAAAGAAGAGGAAAAAGAGCUGUAUAAUUAUAUACUAGACAUGGAAAGUAGACUGUAUGGUCUUACAAUAAAAGACUUAAGGGGUCUAGCGUACAGUUUGGCGGUUAAAAAUAAUAAACAACAUUCAUUUAAUAACGAGAAAAGAGAAGCUGGGAAAGAUUGGGCACACAACUUUCUCAAGAGACAUCCUGAAUUGUCUAUUCGACAGCCUGAGAGUACUUCAGCAGCUCGUGCUGCAGGAUUUAACAAGCAAGUUGUAGAUCAGUUUUAUAACUUUUUGGGGAACGUUUAUGAUGAAAAUAAUUUAACUCCUGACAGAAUUUUCAACUGUGACGAGACAGGUAUUUCUAUUGUUCCAAAAACCAAAUCAAAAAUAAUAGCCAAAAGAGGGCGAAAGCAAGUCGGAGCGAUCACUUCUGCAGAAAGAGGGACAACAAUAACUGUUGAAAUCUGUUUCAGUGCAAGUGGCCUAUACAUGCCACCCAUGAUGGUAUUUCCUCGAAAGCGUAUGGACCCGCAAUUAAUGCUAAAUGCUGCACCAGGAUCUUGGGGAGUAUGCAGUGAUUCGGGCUGGAUGACAACGGAACUCUUUGCUGGCUGGUUUAAGAAAUUCGUGGAAUUUAGUGGAGCAACAACAGAACGACCUGUCCUGCUGUUGUUGGAUGGACAUAGUACUCACACUCAAAACAUUGAUCUCAUCAAUGAAGCGCGAUCUCAUGGAGUAAUCAUUCUAUGUUUUCCUCCACACACUACUCACCGACUUCAAGUUGCUGAUGUUGCAUAUAUGAGGCCACUCAGCACGUAUUAUGACCAUCAAAUCACAGCAUGGCUACGCAGUAAUCCGGGGAUGAUCGUCACGGUGCGGCAAGUCGCAGAAAUUUUUGGAAAGGCUUUUAUACAAGCAUCAACGAUGUCUACAGCAGUAAAUGGAUUUAAAAAGUGCGGAAUUUGGCCAUAUGACCCCACAGUUUUUACUGAAACUGACUUCGCUCCAUCUCUAACCACAGACAUCCCUCAACCAGAGCCGUCACCAGUUACUGAAACACCAAUAACGGUUUCUGCAGAAUCCAACAACGAAAUACCAAUGGAGAUCGGUCUCACGGGAGCGACGUCAUCGACCACUGUAUCAGACAAUGCCAUACUAACUACUACUGUCGCGGCUUCCACAGCCGAAUCCUUGUGUGUGUCUGCGUCCUCUGUGGAUUCUCAAACAGAAUCAAGCACCGUUUUGGAUGUAUCUCAGAGUUCAGCUAUUUUACCAGUAUCAUCAGCACCUGAAGAUUUACAGUUGCAACCCUCCGAAGUUGAAAUGGAACCAUUGAUUCAAACAGCAGCAAAGUCACCAGAACCUGGAUGUUCUACUUAUAGACCAAGUACGCCACGAGAAUCUAGUUUCAUUGUUGCUAGUCCCCAACAAGUUAUGCCUUUUCCUGCAACAAGGAAAAUUACAAGAGCACCAACAAAGAGAGGAAAAACCGCUAUUAUUACCUCAUCGCCCUACAAAAAUGAGUUAGAAGAUAAAAUAAAAAAGAAACAAGAGGUGGUUGACGCUAAAGAGAAAAGGAAGGCUAUAAGAGAAUUAAAGAAAACUCAAAAAAAUACCAUAGAUUUAAUUGUUUCACAGCGUGUAGCGGCCAUGAAAUCCAAUUUAAGGAAAUACACUGAAAUAAAAAGAUUUAAGUCAACAAAAACACAUCGAGAGGUGGAUUAA